AUGGCACAGGCCAACAAGGAUACGUGGUCCGCAGACCAAUACUCCAAGUUUCUCAAAGAUCGCACAAGACCUUCGAUAGAUCUCUUGGCGCACGUGCCCAACCUCUCGCCAAAGCGCGUCGUGGAUAUCGGUUGUGGACCCGGUAACUCAACCGCCGUGUUAGUAGACCAAUAUCCCAAUGCAAAGAUCUCGGGCUUUGAUACAUCCCCGGACAUGAUCAGGAAGGCCAAGGAAACCUUGCCAAACGUGGACUUUGAGGUUGCCGACCUCCAAUCCUUCAAGCCUGAUGCUCCCGUCGAUGUGCUCUUUUCCAAUGCCGUGUUUCAGUGGCUACCCAAUGGGAAACGCAUUGAGAUUGUUACACGGCUUAUGGAUCAUCUCGCGCCCGGCGGAAGUCUCGCGUUCCAGAUCCCCUACAACCUUAACGAGCCCAGCCACGCUUCGAUGCGCGAAGUAGCUGGCAUGCCCAACAAGCCCUGGUCCGAGACGCUCAAGCGCGCCAAUAUCUCCCGCGACCAAUUCCCUUCACCAACCGAGAUCUGGGAUGGUCUCAAGCCUCUCUGCGCAGAUCUUGACAUCUGGCAGACGACAUACAUGCACGUGAUGGAGAACCAUGAGGGUAUUGUCGAAUGGGUCAAGGGUACGGGUCUUCGUCCUUAUGUGGACCCGCUUGACGAGAACGCGAAGAAAGAAUAUAUCGAGACUUACUUGGAGAAGCUGAAGAAGGCUUACAGGGCGCAGAAUGAUGGAAAGGUUCUUUUGCCGUUCCCUAGAUUAUUUGUUGUUGCGACCAAGGCAUGA